AUGUCUUCACGAUCCAGCCUUGAACGCGCCGGCGUACUCGCCCUUGGCCUUGCUGCUACAGGGUCCCUUGUCGCCGCCGGGCCCUGCGAUAUCUACUCUUCUGGUGGCACGCCAUGCAUCGCCGCACAUAGCACCACCCGCGCUCUGUACAGCGCCUACAGCGGCUCUCUUUACCAGAUUAAGCGCGGCUCCGAUGGUGCUACGACUAACAUCGCGCCGCUGUCCGCCGGCGGUGUCGCGAAUGCUGCCGCCCAAGACACCUUCUGUGCCAAUACGACCUGUCUCAUCAGCGUCAUCUACGACCAGUCCGGCCGCGGCAAUCACCUCACCCAGGCACCGGGUGGCGCUCAUACCGGCCCGGAUGUCGACGGCAACGAUAACCUCGCCAGCGCGAUCGGCGCACCCGUCACGCUGAACGGCCAGAAGGCAUAUGGCGUCUUCAUCUCGCCCGGCACCGGCUACCGGAACAACGCCGCUCAGGGCACAGCCAGAGGCAACGAGCCGGAGGGCAUGUACGCCGUCCUCGACGGCACCCACUACAAUGGCGGUUGCUGCUUCGACUAUGGCAACGCCGAGGUCAGCAGGACCGACACGGGCAACGGCCAUAUGGAGGCCAUCUACUUUGGUGACAGCACGGGUUGGGGCACCGGCGCCGGCAGCGGCCCUUGGAUCAUGGCUGAUCUCGAGAACGGCCUGUUCUCCGGAGUCAGCCCCGCCAACAACCCUGGCGACCCGUCCAUCACAGACCGCUUCGUCACGGCAGUCGUUAAGGGUGCUCCGAACCAGUGGGCGAUCCGUGGUGGCAAUGCCGCGUCCGGGGCGUUGACGACGUUCUAUAACGGUGUGCGCCCGAACAAGUCUGGGUACAACCCGAUGAGCUUGGAGGGCUCCAUCAUUCUUGGCAUCGGCGGUGACAACAGCAUCAGCGCCCAAGGCACGUUCUAUGAGGGCGUCAUGACCACUGGCUUUCCAUCCGACGCCACCGAGAACGCGGUGCAAGCCGACAUUGUCGCAGCCAAGUACGCUACAACCUCCCUGAACAGCGGCACGGCUCUGACCGUCGGCUCCUCGAUCUCGCUGAGGGCCACCACCGCCUGCUGCACGGCUCGGUACCUCGCACACACUGGCUCCACGGUCGACACUCAGAUCGUCACGUCCUCGAGCAGCACCGCUCUUAAGCAGCAGGCCAGCUGGACAGUCCGCACCGGUCUUGCAAACAGCGACUGCUUCUCGUUCGAGUCCAAGGACACCCCCGGCAGCUUCAUCCGGCAGUUCAAUUUCCACCUCGCGCUUAACACCAAUGACGGCAGCAAACAGUUCAGUGAAGAUGCCACGUUCUGCACGCAGGCCGGUCUCAACGGCCAGGGCGACUCGAUCCGGUCCUGGAGCCAUCCCACACGGUACUUCCGUCACUACGCCAAUGUCGCCUACAUCGCCAACAAUGGCGGCGUUCACAUCUUCGAUGCCGCCGCUCUCUUCAAUGACGACGUGAGCUGGGUCAUCAACAGCAGCUUUGCGUGA